GAUUGGUGUACAAAGAAUUUUGCCCAUGGAAAAAAGUUGACAACGAGAGAAAAUGGACCCACAUUGGGCCGGAUCCGAGGGGAUGGACGACGACUCCAUUCGGCUCCACUUCCGCUCGCAAUCGCGAUGGUCUCUCCCUCGACGUGGGUUCGCUACGCUGUCCUCAGGUACCAGUACUCCGUCUUCCUCAGCUGGAAGAAGUACCAUGCAGGUCAAAUCAAAAGAGGAGAGUUAUAUGAUGCUGUCUGGAAAAUUUUUUUUCAAGGUAAGCUGACCUGCUUGCAUUGGAAUAAAGGAGAAGAAAUGGCACCUACCAUAGCUGGAGAUAGGGGAACUCUUCUUGUCAGAAAAAUUGCUAUUCCAGCUCCAAUGCAAGUCUUUGUGGGAGAUGUUGUCCUGUUAAAAGAUCCGGAGAGACCUGAUGAUUACCUUGUUAGAAGAUUGGCUGCUAUAGAAGAUUAUGAGAUGAUAUCCACUGAUGAGAAAGAUGCACCAUUUAUGUUAGAGAAGGAUCAGUGUUGGGUGUUGUCAGACAAUGAAUCUUUAAAGCCAAAGGAAGCCAGGGACAGUCGUUUGUUUGGUCCUAUUCCCAUGACUGACAUUGUUGGUAGAGUAGUGUAUGCUUUGCGGUCAGCUGUCGAUCAUGGUCCUGUACAGAACAGUCGUUUGGCAAUGAAUGAAGAUUCAUCAGUGUUGGCGGUGGAGUUGGAUGUUGAUGAGAUGGUGAAGGGCACAAAAACAAAGGACAUGUUGUAGGGUCCAUCUAAUCUGCAAUCCUCCAAAUUGCUCCUUUUGUCUGGGUGCUGUUGUUUCUUUGAAAGAACACCAGAAACCCUGUCGACAUUUUGCUGGAUGAGGAUGAUUAGUUUGAGAUUUUCUUCUGUUGGCUAAAGUCUGUCCUGGGUGCUAUAAAUUAAUUUCAGUUCCACAUCAGACAUUUGGCGCACAACCAUAUGAUUUUACUAGAUGAGCAUUAGGGUAUAAAGUUCACAAUCUAGAACAGUUAUGAAAGUAGAUAGAUUCUGUUUAGCUGUGUAUUUGGUAAGUUCAUCAAAUCUAAAUGGAUGUAUAUGAUCUAACCGGCUUGA